AUGGACGACCAACACGACCAUCUGGAUACGGCCACGUUGGCGCCCAUCGUCAAUAUCACUCGCAAGUGCCUUGAAAGAUUUGACUUCAUCGAAAAAACUCAGGGCAAAGACCUCGUCCAACGUCUGAUCAAUGCACCGCCUUCAAGGGGGCUACAGCGCUCAUCGUUUUCCUUCCCAGGACUACACAAUCAUUUUCUUCGUUGGAUACACGAAUCAGGAGCCCUCUCUCCAUUGGACUUAUCGCUUGAUGAGAAACUCAAAGGCCUCUACCGCCUCUUCUCUAUCGUAAAUCGCAUGUUGGAAUGGAUUCUGCGAGACCUAGACCGCCUCGCAAAUAUUCCAUGUUCAGCUGCCUGGUCUCCCUUGGCGAAACAUGACGACCACUUGUUGCUGUGGCAAGAGGCUUCAAUGUCUAUAGAGGAUGCUGUGGAGCACCUGCACUCGGUGUCUCUUGAUAUGAGGAGAUUAUCCCCUCAACAGUUUGAGGACUUGCUGACGACAACUGAAACUGAGGAGCACGAGGCUUUCCGUGAGAACAUGAUUGCAUUAGUUGGUCGUCGUUUUCCUGCUGCGCGCAAAGGCUUGUGCGAUCUGUUGGGCAAGUCAAUAGCAGCAAGACGUCGUAUGCUGUUGCAAGCACAAGAUCGCGAAAGAUCUGCCAACAGAAUGUCUAAACAAACUGCCUCUACUCCUAGUCAAGGCAAGAACACUCGUCCGAGAUCCAAGGCGGGUAUCAAUCAAAAAGGUCAACGGACCCGAUCCGCCGGCUCUGCAUCCUCCACUAGUGUGACAACAGCCUCUCAGUCUAACCUCCAAGCGCCUAUUCUGGAGGAAGUCCAAGGCCCGUCCCGAGAAGCUCUCAGGAGGGUUAUGGGUAAUUUCACUGCCCCACAGCAUGACUCUUCUGAUUAUCCCCCCAUGCCCAAAGUUAGUCAAGGGCAAGCAGGAGUUCAGUGUCCCCUCUGUUUCGUUGUUUGGGAGCAAACAAACUCAGAGUCCGUGAAUCUGGGGCUAUGGAAACUCCACGUCGAUGAGCACGUCAAGCCAUAUUCGUGUCUUUUCCCUAGAUGCGCGAUGUCUCUCACAUUAUUUGUGCACCAACAAGAAUGGGAAGACCACAUGGAAUCUGUACAUUCCAGUGACUGGCUACGAGAGGUCCACACAAAACAGUGGUAUUGCGAUUCUGGCCACGAAAACACGUUUGCCUUUGAGCUCGAGGCUCAAUGGAGAGAGCACGUGCUGGAUCCGGCGUCUCACCCAGAACGACAAGAAACCCCCAAUCGAUUUCAGCUCAAGGCCUUAUCUCAACUGAAACAACGGAGAGUUCUGCGCGAUAUGUACGUUUGCCUCUUGUGUGACCAGAUUCCUGAAGAGGUACAGCAGAAGCUGGAAACAGGUCAUGUCAACCCAGCCGACUUGCACAACUGUGUUUUGAGCCAUGUUGCUACUCAUUUGAAGUCGCUUUCUCUGUUGGCCAUUCCUUUUCUCACAGAAGGCGCUGAUGAAACGGCCAAACUUGAUCAAGAUUCGGUUGUUUCCACAAAAGGCCAGACCAACAGGCUUCUCGAUGACGAUCCCCUGCCAGACCUACAGAUACCAGCUUCUGAGAUACCUCCAGGUCAAUCGCCUGACCUCGAACAUUGGAUCAUUGACCUCAAUAUAGAAGAAGGAUUGGAUGAUGAUUUCGAGGGUUAUAGGCAGCCUAAUGAAGCACCGGACUUAGCCAGGCGUUCCUGGACCGAUUACCUUCCUCGAUGCGGGGAUGUGCAAGAUCCCGAAAUUUUAAAGCUUCUUGGAAGGUAUCCAGUUCCGAAACAUUUGGGCUCAAGCGAAACGCAAACCUCUACCACUGAUGUUGACUUUCAAGACGAUGUCGGUCAGACGGCCCUAUCACUCGCCGCCCAGGAGGACGAUACAGAGACCAUGAGGCAACUCAUCAUUAUGGGAGCAGACAUUGAACUGGCUGAUCGAGACGGGAAGACUCCCCUGUGUUGGGCAGCUGCCGAAGGUAAAGAAAGUGCUGUCAAGUUCCUUCUGGACACAGGUGCUCAGAUUGAAGCCACAGAGCACAUAUAUGGACGCACUCCGUUGUCUUGGGCUGCUGCAAGAGGUCAUUCCAGUGUCGUGCGGGUACUAUGUACGUACGGUGCGCUUGUGAAUGCACUCGACAACUCGAAACGCACUCCAAUGUCGUGGGCAGCUUCAAGAGGAAACGAAGAAACCCUGCAGCUUCUCCUCGACGCCGGUGCAGAGUUCAAGUCCAGAGACUCUGACUUUUCGAGAACUCCACUCCACUGGGCAGCUACCAGAAACAGGGCAAAGAACGCAAGUCUUCUUCUGCAGCAUGGAGCCGAGAUUGAAGCUGUCGACGGGUCAUCCAAAACGCCGUUGUGCUUAGCCUCUCAAGAUGGAUAUGCUGCUGUCGUCGAGGUACUACUCAAGAAUGGCGCAGAUAUUGAGACCCUGCAUACUAAGUAUACACAGACUCCUUUGUCUCUGGCGUCUGGGGGCGGAUAUGAAGAUGUGGUGCAGUUGCUGCUGGAGCAUGGGGCCAAGAUCGACGCAAAAGAUUCCCAAGGCAAGACAGCACGGGACUGGGCUAUGAAAGAAGAACAGAAUGAGAUCGUUAAACUGCUUGAAGCUUAUCAGUCGGAGCGGAUUUCUUUGCCUUAUAGAUAG